ACGGUGGUGGACGUAAACGAAACCAGCACAGAAGAUGUUGUUGAUUUUACAUCAAGGCGAGCCAAUGGCACAUUUGCUGCCCACGGGGGAACUAAGGGACUCGCGAAAAUGUUCAGAAGAAUUGAGGAAAUGAUUCCAUUCGUUAAUUUUGGUCCCGCCGAGCCAUGGCAGAUUCUUUCCUACCACUCUGGAGGACACUACGCACCGCACUGGGACUAUAUUCAGUACAAUUCGCCGGAACAAUGGAAUAUAUGGAGAAGAAGGUAUGGAGAACGAUUCGCAACAUUUCUUUUGAUGCUUCAACCGGCGACCAGAGGUGGA